UGCGGAGACAAUUUUUAUCAACCUGGGUACAAAAAUCGGCCCAUCCCAAUGUUGCCCCGAUCAGGCUCCUCGUUGCAUCUCCAAUCGUACCACUGCUCUGAUGACUAUGACGCCCCGAGAUGACUCUCCACCAGCUUCGGCCAAAAGCGGAACGUCUCAGCCGCCAAAAGCAAACGCGUCGGAGCCCGCGCCAAAGAGACGCCGAGUCGCGUUGGCUUGUUCGGCAUGCAGAAUCCGCAAAUCACGGUGCAAUGGAGUACGACCAAGAUGUGACACGUGCGACAAGCUUGGAUUCGAUUGUUCGUAUGAACAGCAAGAAACCUCAGCGAAUCUUCUAGUCCCAAAAGAUAUCUUUGCUGCAUUAGAAGCCAAAGUCAAGCUGUUGGAAACAAAUAUUGAGCAGCAUAAUGGUAGACUGAACUUGGUUGAGAGUACACUAAAGAGUUCGGGAAGUUUACGGCAAGAUGCUGUGCUUCCACCUCAUCACCAGUCAGGAAAUGUGGUGGUCAACAUCGAUGAGAUACCAGAGAAUGGUGCUGGCCAGAGUAUGACUGAUGGCAUGGCUGUCUCUUUCGUAGAUGAGCAAGACUGUGGUUUCUUUGGCCCAUCAUCCAACAUCGCACUCAUGCGACACAUAUUGCGAGCUGUCGACACAAAAAGAACACAGCAAUGCAAUCAGACUUCAUUGACGCCAGCAUCAGAGUACAGUGCGUAUGAAGGUGGACUAGUGAGUAAUUUGAACGCGUUUCCGACAACCUCAAGCGAGUGUCAAAAGGCGGGCGCCAAUCUCUUACCACCAGACGAGGUCAUGCAACGCCUUAUUCGUGCCUACUUCGACAACACAGGGCUCUUGUUUCCGUACAUACACGAGCAAGAGUUUCUCGACACCUAUGAAGGAUUCCGAGCAAGUGGCUUCAGAGGUAAUGUUCGCCGUACCUGGCUCGGCCUGCUGAACAUGAUCCUUGCAAUGGCAACUUGUACUUCUUGCUGGGAGGACUCGGGAAGUGAGACUACUUUUGAGGAGUCGGAUGUUUACUAUCGUAGGGCCCAGGAGCUUUGCCAUACACAAAUGUUUAGGGGAACUACUCUUGAAACAGUCCAAUACCUCUUACUCACGAGUCAAUAUCUCCAGGGGACGCACAAGUCGGUUCAUACAUGGACCAUUCACGGCCUCGCCGUCAAAGCUGCCAUGUCUAUUGGACUCCACUCGAGAGACAUUGCGUCAAAGUUUACUCCCCUCCAACAAGAGAUAAGGAAACGCACUUGGUUCGGAUGCAUUUUGCUUGAUAGAAGCCUCAGCCUCACGUUUGGCCGCCCAUGUGCGAUACCAGAAGAGUACAUCCGCUUGGAUCUUCCAAAGACAUUACCAGUACCGAUGUCAACUUCCGAUCAAGUUCAUAAAAUGAGCACUGCAUUCUAUAAUGCCUCUAUAACUCUCUAUAGGAUUAUGGGGCGAAUCAUUGGCUCACUUUAUGGUAGCAAUCUUGGAUGUGAAGACCAAUCAUCGGAUACAGCCACAAUGACGUCCAUGAUCCAGUUCGGUCAGGAACUCUCAGAUUGGCAGAACAGCUUGCCUCAGCAUCUGGGUUUGCGGUCUGUCGAUAACAUGCCCCAGGAUGCCAAUGAAGAUGUCCAUGAUCCGUUACGCGAAAAGUUCAGAACCAUACUCACACUCAGAUACCUCAACGUUCAACUCCUCCUCCAUCGCCCAAUCUUCAUCAGGUCUUUGGGUACUCUGCUUAGAGAGUCCAAAACGCCAUAUCGCAAUGCGGGAUCCAUCAACAGCAUGCAUGCCAACUUCGACAGGGUCUUUGUCCAAGUGGCCGAAAAUGUUAUAGAUAUUAUUUAUACCAUAUUGACACGGCCUGAUCAUGGGCGCCAUUUGAUUGGGGCCUGGUGGUUCACCCUCUACUAUGCCUUCAGUGCAGCGUUGGCAAUCUUCGGUAGCCUGUUGAUAUCUUUCGACGCGGAAGCUGGAAACGCUGGCCGCCUCGAAAGUGCUAAACGAUAUCUCGGCAAGACUUGCGAGGCUCUCUUGAAGCUCAGCGAUCACAACACUCUUGUCUUGCGCUGCGUUAAAUUUGUCCAACAACUUCUCCGGAUUGUUAAUGCUUGGGGUCAGUAUUCUUUUGUGACUUCUCACUACUCUUCGCAUCAUUGACACCUUUUUAGAUUCGAGCACCACGAAAGAAGUCGACCUCAAUAAUGAAUCGUUGGGAUCGUAUUUGACGGCGGAAGGAGGCCCCAUUAAUUUUGACAUGGAGUCCGAUUUGCUAUCGACUAUGCCGACGUGGGAGACAUCAACGCUUGGUUUUGGGGAUGAGCUUGAGCUGGGUCAUUUCUUUGCUAGCGAUUCUCAGCGGUGGUUUGAACAGACACAAUGGUAAUGCCGAUAUGUUCGUGCCAGAAGCCCAUGACUUAAAGUAAUAAAACGCGUCACGCGUCAUAAAAUGAGCCUCUUUGACUCCAUGACAACGGUGACCGCAAUUGACUGCCAGUGAUUCCGCUGUCGUGUCUCAGUAGAAGGGAUCAUGAAAAUGG